CAGCCCACACUCUCGUUUACAAGGCCAAUUUCUCCGCCUUAAACCACAGCAAAGCCUCUCCUGUCCCAGGAGGAUCAGAACUUUGCAUAGACGAUAUUAGAGAGAAGAUAGAGACGACAGAAACGAAACUUAUCAAGUCAUUAGCAUUGUUUUGUUGCAUUGUUUCUUUCCUUGCGCGAUAUAUUUAUUAGAGAGCCCGACACCGACAUUUGGUGUCUAUCACCCAUAUUCUUUGGUUUAUCUUCAUACCAUAUAAUCCACAACACACAGACAUAUAUACGACACACAUCUACAUAAACCACCAAGACAACAAUGUCUCGGGAGUACGACUACCCACCUCCGAGAUACUCGGAGACCCCACGGGGAGGGGGCAGGGACUCUUACGAUCGGCCACGACGCCGCAACUCGUUCGACGACCACAGGCCCCGCUACGACGACCACCCAAGAGACCGUCGUCCCAGCCCCAGAGAUUACGGCUAUGACAACAGGGAUCGGGAUCGGGACCGGGACCGUGAUCGGGACCGUGACCGUCCUCGCUACUCAGACCGUGACCGGGACCGAGACCACGACCGCGACCGGCCACGUUACUCUGACCGUGACCGCGACGGCAGGGAACACCCCUCAGACCGCUACCGCGACUCGGCAGGGCGCGGCGGCUACGACCGUGACCGCGACCGAGGAGACCGCGACCGCUACCCCCCGCGGGCUGGUGGGGGACCAGACCUGCGCCGCUCGGCCACCACUCGCGAAAAGGGCCGCGGCAGCGACGCGGCCGCAUACGGUGCCGCUGGAGCAGCCGGCGGAGCAGCAGCCGCCGCCGCAGGAGCCAGGCCCGGUCUGAACCGCAGCAAAACCACCAAGGACAUCACGGCGGCGCUGAGCAAGCUGCCGUGGAAGCAAGUCGGCAUGGCAGCGUUCGAGGCGGGUGCCAUGGCGGCGGCGAGCCAGCGCGGGCAGUGGAACGCGGCCAAGGCCGGCAAGGUCGCCACCUCCGCGCUUGGGGCUGGCUUUAUGGCUGGCGUCAACAACAAGAACGGAGGUGGUGGUGGCGGAAGCGGUGGCAAGAGGAGCGGCGGCGGCGGCGGUGGUAGCGCCGGCAAGAAUGCGCUAAUGGGACUUGCUGGCGAGCAGUUGCUGAAGCAGUUUGCCAAGAAGGGGAGCAAGAAAUGAACCAAGUUCCUGCCAUUUUCACUUGAUUUUCGGGGUUUGGAGUUUCUGGGCUGGCUUGGAUUUCCUUUGUCAUUAUUCCCACGAUUCGUUCCUUUGUCACACACAAUCUCUGCUCUGUUUUGUUUGCGCUACCACAUUGCGCAGUUGAAGACGUUAUAGACCGGUAUCGGGCAUGGGUUCUCAUUGGUUAUGAUUUGCUUUUACUUUCCUUGCUUCUGCGGCUCUUAAUGUCUGACUGAACACGAUUGGACACGUUUUAUGUCUGGAGGGCGAGGAAGAGUUUUCUAUGAUACCUAGUCAAAGUUGGGGUUAUACCUACCUAUCUGCUUUUUGGUUUAUGAUUAGCUAGCACAUUUUGGGAUAAUGCAGUUUGCAGUUAUCGUCAUGUUCAUGAGCAUUUCGCAAAAAAGUCAUUUGCUUGAAUAUCUAUGGGGAAUGAAAAAAAAAAAGUUAUCUGUG